AUGGGCUCUCGGGCAGGAUGGGACAGAGUGCUGGAGGAUUACGCCAAACUGAAGAGGCCGGAGAAGGAGUUGCCGCCCGGUGUGUGGGUCACGAGCGACGAGAAGACGCUGACGAUCUUCGACGGCUACGAGAAGGCCAAGUAUCACCUCCUGAUCAUGCCUCGCGUUCCUUUCCCGCUCGAAUCAGGCGACACCGUCCCCGCCUCGCACCUCGUCAACCUCGCUUCCCUGCUCAAGUCCCCCCACGCGCUUGAAGUGCUGAAAGUGCUCGAGAGACAAGCCGACGAGGUGAAGGAUAUGAUCCGCGACGAGAUGGAGAAGGAGGAAGGCUGGAGCUGGGAUCUGCGGAUAGGCUUCCAUGCGGUCGAGUCGAUGCGACAUGUGCACCUGCACGUUAUCUCGAGCGACAUGCUCUCGCCUAAACUCAAGAACAAGAAACACUGGAACUCCUUCCACCCGACACUCGGCUACUUCCUCCAUCUUUCCGACGUCAUCCGCGAGGUAGAGGGAGGGGGUUACGUGCUCGACUCGCGCGCAUCAUACGAAGCCCUUCUCAAAGAACCGCUCAUCUCUACCUACCCGCCCUACGAGACCUUCAGGACUAUACCGGACCUGCAGAGGCACUUGCAGCGCGAGUGGGAGAAGGAGGGUCGCAGGCGGAAACAGGCGCCGGGUCAACCUGGGGCAGCGUCGAAGGAAGGAUGA